AUGGCUGGACUGUCUCGACGGAAUGUAACAUGUCAGGUUUCAAAUGCAGCCAUUGAAAAACCAUUCGAAGUACACGGCAUUGUAUGUAACGUUGAGAAAGGUACCCCGCCCGUCAUAACAGUUCCUGUAUUUCUUGAUGGUGAAAGCUCGACACCAAUCUGUGAAGUGCGCAAUGCUAUCCCAGCUCCGGCAAUAGAUAUAUAUAUCGGCAAUGUUUUGCUAUCUGAUGUUCAACAAACUGAUAUAUUUAAUGGAUCUUCUCAUACUUAUACAAGCACAGCUAAGGUGACAAAGACUAACAAACUGUGGAAUGGAAAAGAAAUGUGUUGCACCAGGAAAAGUUUUGACGACAUGGGAAUAGCAGAUCAUUCCAUAUGCAAAAACAUCAGUAUCAAAUGUGGUCCGACUCUGUAUUUGAACACGACAUCACCUGUUGAUUUAUAUCCGAAUAUUACAGUGAUCGUCAAAUGCCUUGUUGAUGACUGCAAUACUACAGGGAAAUGGACGCUUCGAUGGGAAGAAGAAAAUAACACUGAAAUAAAGACUUGCACAAACACAGAGGAAUGCCUAUUAACACUGAAUUAUACGGGAGAGAGCGAAAAGACAUAUAUUUGCUUGGCAUGGAAAUCGGUGGAGCUUCUGAGUAUUUCAUUGACAGUUUUAAACACAUUGCCAGAGGAAGCAACCACCAACCCUGCACUAGUUGUUUCCCCAAAAUGGCAUAUACCGGUCCUUUACGCCGUAUCGGGAACAGUUAUAGGUGUACUUGCAACAUUGUUCACCGUGCUUCUAUGUAGGCGAUGCAAACCUCAUGGUAAUUGA